AUGUCAGGUAUUCUUCUAAUGCAAUCCAGAAAUUUUAUUACCUUCACCCGUUUACUAUUAUUUCGAGUGCGAUCGGGCGGAAAGAAACUAAUCAAUCAUUUUAACUAUAAAUACGUUCUUCUUCAUACAAACAGAAACAUCUUCAACAAAGACAGUGUCAAAUUAAAUCAGACAUUAUUACUUUUUAUAGGUGCAAUCACUCUAUUUGACAAAAAAAAGCUCUUAUUGGACGCGAAAGAAAACACGUCGGAGAACAUCGUUCUUGGCAUCCAACGUCGUUUAAAGGUCUACUCACGGAAAGAUGAUCUCAUUAUAUUUUUCCUGCGGCAGCUGAUGAAUACAAAUUACAAUCAUGCUUCAACUGUGAACUUGAAAAUGGCACGAUUUGACAAUACAACCAAAGUUACCUAUCAGCAGCCUCCGCUUGACUCACCUUACGAUGCAUAUGACGAGAAUAAAGAUAUUAUAUGGCCUACAGUUGUUGGUAUUUUCGUUGCUUUAGCAUUAGGCUGGAUGAUAUGUCGCUAUAAAUGUUCAUCGAAAGAACGUUCACCACACAUCGUUCGUUGCUGUCCAAAGACUUUAUGUAAAAAUAUUCGACUAUGCUGUACAUGUGUAUUUAGAAUCAAACCAAAACAACAGACACAAACGAUACCUGAUGCAAGAGUGUCAACUAUUCAUAAACGAAGUACAUCUGAUACGUUACAAGAUAUUCCAUUUCUGGUUCAGAAUUCCUCAACAAAUCGAUCACCUCAAGCUCGAGUCUCUCAACAAUGGCCACCGCCUUUUGUUCUUGAUCAAUCGCCUUCAUUUCCUUUUACAAUAACCGUUCAAUCACCACCCAAACCAACACAACCAAAACGACAUCCAUUACGACGCGAUUCUGCUCUACCCGGACAGUACAAUGAACGACGCGAAUCGUCACUGUGGCCAUUUAGAACAAUUAACGCUGUAUUCCAUAAGCAAACAAAUGAAAUUAAAGAAAAUGAUCUAUUUUUCAGUGCAUAG